CGCCAUGACACAACCAUUAUCCAAAUUUGGUUCUAUCACGUUUGCCACAAUUCUCCUGGCCUUCUCCAUACUUCUAGUGCUCCAUAAGCCACUUCCGCCUGGGCUCUGUGAGAAAUCAACAGUCGAUCGAGUGGUUAUUCAUCUUUUUGAGCCCAUACUUCGUGCAUUUUAUUAUUAUCCGGCCAACUACAUUUUCACGACUCCAGCUAACCAAAUCUGGUGGACCCGUUACUCUUUAGGCCUUCUGGCCAAGACUAUGGGCCCAGUAACCCUAUUUGAACGGCACCUGGUACGUGUGACGGAUGCCACGUGGAAUGGGGUCCACGUGAGGACUUAUGAGCCACGGCUCGUGGAGAACUCGACGGAUGGAGCCGUGAUCUUUAUUCAUGGCGGGGGAUUUGCGAUUGGAAGUGUUGCCAUGUAUGAUAGCUUGACAAGGAGAAUGGCAAAAUCCAUGAACACAUUUGUAGUAUCUAUUGACUACCGAUUGUCCCCGGAAACUGUGUUUCCUGAGAAUCUACUGGACUGCGAAAAAGCCAUCGACUAUUUCCUCGAAAACUCCCUCGAAAAGUUCAAAAUCGAUCCGAAAAAGGUGAUACUUGUCGGAGAUUCUGCUGGCGGAAAUUUGGCAACUGCAAUUGCUCAGCGAAGAGCUGAAAAAGGGGCGGAGCCAAAGCUUUUGGCUCAGGUGCUGCUGUACCCCCUGUUGCAGCUGGUAGAUUUGCAAAUGACGUCAUACCGGUAUUUUCAUAAAAGGCUGACUGGAAUUGCGUUUGUAGACCCCGCCUCAGUUGCAUUUUACUACAUGCUGUAUGCUGGUAUUCCCCUGGAAAAAGCUAAGGAACUAGUGCCUAUAGUGCUGACAAAUGGGCAUGUGAAGCCGGAUUACAGAGAGAAAAUCGAUAAGCUUCUCACCUACCGUACCACCAUCGAAUCCACCCACACCUACAACACAACGAAAAUCCCAAAAAGAUGGGAAAUCGUAGAAAACUCGGAAGCCCAAAAUUUGCUAGAAAAAGUUAUUUUCGACCCGAAUUUCUCGCCGAUAAUGCGGGAAAAUCUAGAAAAUUUGCCGAAAAGUUUGAUUGUCACCUGUGAAUACGAUGUGCUCAGGGACGAGGGCUUGAUCUACUCCGAGAGGCUUAUGGCUUCUGGAGUGCCUACAAAGCUUAUAAACUACAAAAAUGGGUACCAUGCAAUGCUCAAUAUGCACAAUGAGAUUACCGAGGCUUCCACGUGUCUCGAUGACGUCAUGCACUGGAUUUUGGAGCAAUUUUAAAGAAAAGAGCUCAAUUUUGUGUGUUGUACAUAAUAAAAUAUUUGAU